UCUUUGAUUUCGCGAUAGCUUUUUGAGAGUGCGCCUUGACAGACCUGUGAGUUCUCUGUGUGUAGAUCCCAAAAGUUGCAGGCGCCGAUUCCCUGGUGAUAAAAUGCUAACAUUCACCGGUUUCCUCUGUGUAUCUUAGCUACAAUCUGUUGUAAGUAACUGCUAUAAUGCGUGCCUGUUUCUGUUUGAAGAUGGCGUUGACAACAAUACUCAUCAGAAUGACCCCCAGGGUUAUCAGUCCUUCGAGCACUGCAAUGUUAAACAGGAAAACGAAGCGAAGUAUGAGAGGAGACCUCUAGACCACGAGCGUCCUGUCUUACACUCAGAGAUGAAGACAGAAGUAAAGCAAGAAGAACCAGCUCCUGGCUAUAAUGUACCGGCUCCUGGCUAUAACGUGCCAGCUCCUGGCUAUGGUGGCCCUGCUUCUGGCUACAACGCCCCUAGCUACAAUGCCCCCUCCUCUGGCUACAAUGCCCCCAGUUACAGUGCCCCCACUUCUGGCUACAGCGCCCCCACUGCUGGCUAUAACGCACCUCCCUCUAGCUACAAUGCGCCUGAUCCAUCUCAGCCCAGACAGCAGCAGCCACCACAGGGUCGCAAAAGGCCUUUUGAAGAGCAGCGAGGACGAGGGUAUUACGAACACCGGGAAGAUAAGAGGGGCCGGUCGCCUCAGCCUCCUGCAGAAGAUGACGAAGAAGAGUUUGAUGAGACGCUAGUGGCCAUUGAUACAUAUAACUGCGACCUACAUUUCAAAGUUGCCAGGGACCGAUACAGCGGCUACCCGCUGACCAUAGAAGGCUUUGCUUACUUGUGGUCAGGCGCCCGAGCCACCUACGGCGUGAGGCAAGGGCGAGUCUGCUACGAGAUGAAGAUCAAUGAAGAGAUCUCUGUCAAACACCUUCCUUCCACAGAACCCGACCCUCACGUCGUGCGCAUUGGCUGGUCCCUGGAUUCCUGCAGCACCCAACUAGGAGAAGAGCCCUUUUCCUAUGGCUACGGCGGCACCGGGAAGAAAUCCAGCAGCUGUAAAUUCGAGAACUACGGCGAAACAUUCACCGAGAACGACGUCAUCACUUGCCUCGUUGACUUCGAGUGUGGGGAGGAGGUGGAAAUGUCCUUCAUGAAGAACGGGAAGUGGCUGGGCGUGGCCUAUCGGGUGCGGAAGGACCUGCUGGGCGGCCAGGCCCUCUUCCCCCACGUCCUGGUGAAGAACUGCGCCAUCGAGUUCAACUUUGGGCAGCGAGACGACACCUACUUCCCAGUCCCCCAAGGCUUCACCUUCAUUCAGCACGUCCCGCUGCCCGAGCGCAUCCGUGGGACCCUCGGACCAAAGAGUAAAGCAGAGUGUGAGAUCCUCAUGAUGGUGGGGCUGCCUGCUGCUGGCAAGACCACGUGGGCCAUAAAGCACGGCUACAACAUCCUGGGGACCAACGCCAUCAUGGAUAAGAUGCGGGUGAUGGGACUUCGCCGCCAGCGCAACUAUGCAGGCCGUUGGGACGUGCUCAUCCAGCAAGCGACGCAGUGCCUGAACCGCCUGAUCCAGAUCGCCGCCCGGAAGAAACGCAACUACAUCCUGGAUCAGACAAAUGUGUAUGGAUCUGCCCAGAGACGAAAAAUGCGCCCUUUUGAAGGUUUCCAACGCAAGGCUAUUGUAAUUUGUCCCACGGAUGAGGAUUUAAAAGAUCGAACAAUAAAGCGCACAGAUGAGGAGGGGAAGGAUGUGCCCGAUCAUGCUGUGUUAGAAAUGAAAGCCAACUUCACGCUGCCAGAGGCCGGCGACUUCCUGGACGCGGUGAUCUACAUUGAGGUGCAGCGGGACGAGGCCGAGAAGCUGGUGAAGCAGUACAACGAGGAGGGCAAGAAAGCUGGGCCUCCGCCAGAGAAACGCUUUGACAACCGGGGCGGCGGCUUCCGGGGCCGAGGGGGCGGCUUCCAGCGCUUCGACAGCCGCGGGGGCGGCCCGCAAGGGGGCAGUCGCGGCGGCUUCCAGAACCGAGGGGGCGGCGGCGGCGGCGGUGGCGGCGGCAGCGGUGGCAGCAGCGGAGGAGGCACAGGAGGAGGACUUCCUAGUUGCAAACAGCAGCAUCCAACUUACCCCCAGCCCUACACCCAGGCAAGCUACACCCAAGGAGGAGGGUAUACUCCCAACUACACCUAUGGAAGUUACAGUGGUUACAGCCAAAGCUACACCCAGCCUCCACCGCCGACACCGCCGACCUACAAUCAGCAGAACUACAACCAAUACCAACAGUACGCUCAGCAGUGGAGCCAGUACUAUCAGAACCAGAGUCAGUGGCCUCCCUACUACGGCAGCUAUGACUACGGGAGCUAUUCCGGCAGCUCCCAGGGAGGCUCCAGCACUCAGUGAAGACCAGCGGGAGCUAAGGAGAGCCCACCUCUGCGUCUUCCUUUGGGAGCGGCCUGCAGCCCCUGGAGGCACCCCUGCGUUUCACUCAGCAGCUCCGUCAGAGCAGUUCCUGGCCACCUCUGGGAACAGGCAAGGGAAGUAGAACCACAGCCCUUGUUUUCUAUCUGUAGUUUUGACGAUGAAUGCGUUUCUUGUACACUCUCGACAGACAACGGCAUGCUCCCUUCUUCCUGCCCUGUAAGAAAGUUGCAUUAUUUCUCGCCACAUGUUUAAAACCAUCUCCUUUCUAUUUUUUGACUCUUAAAAUGGUAGGAUCUUAACCAUCCCCCUGUUCUAGGUACUGUGCUGCCAGGCCAGGACUCUCCUUGUUUGAAAUCUACAAUAGCAAAGGGUCGGCUGUGGCCCUUGAUAGCCUUCUCCCCCCUCCCCGUGCUACACAAUCGUGCUAGUGAGAACUUCCAAGACUUGACUGCAGUUCAGUGUCAAUCUUUCCUGGAGGUGUUUUAUUCAUCUAUUCUGCAAAGCAUUUUAAAACAAACCUAGAGGGAGGGGAGAUGGCUGUUUUAUGGUAAUUAUGCUUUUUUUUUAGAUUUUAUGUAACUUUUUACCGUGGGUCAGCAGCUGUUAAUAUUUCAUCAAGAUAACAAUUUCUUUGCUCAAUCCAGGUGAGAAAUAAAAAAUCAUCUUAAAUGUGUAACUUUUUAUACAAUGUCUAAGUUUCUGUAACUUUGCACAUGCUUUGUUUUGAGUUGAAUUGUAACAGCUUUUUGUAUUUGGAGAAAGAGUGAAUAUUGAACUUUAA